AGCUCCACUUACCAACCAGAGAUGGGGAGAGUUGCAGGCCAUCCAUUUCUCCUCAUCCUCUUCCUUUUCUCCAUUGCAAUCACUCCCUCCAUUGCUCUUCCCAAAAUCAAGCACUACAAAUGGGAAGUCGAGUACAUGUUCUGGUCUCCCGACUGCGUCGAGAACAUCGUCAUGGGUAUCAACGGUCAGUUUCCUGGCCCGACGAUUAGAGCCAAUGUUGGUGACACUGUUGUUGUGGAGUUGACUAACAAGCUCCAUACUGAAGGUGUUGUUAUUCAUUGGCAUGGAAUACUCCAGCGUGGAUCUCCCUGGGCUGAUGGUACUGCUUCGAUCUCCCAGUGUGCUAUUAACCCUGGUGAAACCUUCACGUACCGGUUCGUGGUGGAUAAGGCUGGGACGUUUUUCUAUCAUGGUCAUUUGGGUAUGCAGAGAUCGGCAGGGUUGUAUGGAUCGUUGAUAGUGGAUCCUGAAGAAGGAAAGAACGAGCCGUUUCAUUACGAUGAAGAGAUCAACUUAUUGCUUAGUGAUUGGUGGCAUCAAAGCGUUCAUAAGCAAGAAGUUGGUCUCAGCUCCAAUCCAAUGCGUUGGAUCGGUGAGCCUCAGACUAUACUCAUAAAUGGGAGAGGACAGUUCAAUUGUUCGAUUGCAGCUAAAUACCAUAGUGGAUCCAAGCCAUGCGCGUUAAAAGGGGGCGAGCAAUGCGCGCCGUUUAUCAUGCACGUUCAUCCCAAUAAGACGGUCAGGAUAAGAAUUUCCAGUACCACUGCAUUGGCGUCCCUUAAUUUUGCUAUCGGGAAUCACCAACUAUUAGUGGUAGAAGCGGAUGGCAACUACGUUCAGCCAUUUCGAACCUCCGACAUCGAUAUUUAUUCUGGCGAGUCUUACUCCGUCCUCAUCACCACCGACCAAAACCCAUCGGAGAAUUAUUGGGUCUCCAUCGGCGUUCGUGCACGGCGUCCCAAUACGCCACCGGGACUGACCCUCCUCAACUACCUCCCCAAUUCCCCCGCCAAAUUACCAAUCCUUCCACCGCCGGAAACCCCCGACUGGGAGGAUUUCGAUCGAAGCAAAAACUUCACCUUCAGAAUCUUCUCCACCAUGAGUAGUCCGAAACCGCCGACGAGAUUCGACCGGCGUAUCUUCCUCCUCAACACCCAGAAUCGAUUGAACGGCUUCACAAAGUGGGCUAUCAACAACGUCUCUUUAGCUCUCCCGCCGACGCCGUACCUCGGCGCCAUGAAAUAUCGGCUAAAGACUGCCUUCAACCAGAAUCCCCCACCGGAAAAUUUCCCAUCGAACUACAGCAUUGACAUCCCACCACCGAACCCAAACACGACGAUCGGAAACGGCGUUUAUCGGUUCAAAUUGGGUGAGACGGUGGAUGUGAUACUACAAAACGCCAACAUGUUAAACCCUAAUACGAGUGAAAUUCAUCCUUGGCAUUUGCAUGGGCAUGAUUUUUGGGUUUUGGGGUAUGGAGAUGGAAAAUUCUCCACCGCCGUGCAUGGCCGGAAAUUGAAUCUAAAAAACCCCCCGCUGAGGAACACGGUGGUGAUUUUCCCAAACGGGUGGACGGCGAUCCGAUUUGUGGCAGACAAUCCCGGCGUUUGGGCGUUCCAUUGCCAUAUUGAACCUCAUUUGCAUAUGGGGAUGGGGGUCGUGUUCGCCGAAGGAGUCGAAAAGGUCGGUAGGAUUCCGAAGAAGGCUUUGGCUUGUGGGGUCACUGCGAAAGCGCUAAUGAAAAACCCUAUAAACCCUAAACCCUAAACCUUAAACCCUAACCCCUAGACACCACUGAAAAACCCUAGAAGGUGGCUUGAGGAAAUGUUUUGUUGUAAGGAGUGAAUGAAUUUAAAUUUGGUGUUUAGGGUUUGGGGAAUGAUGCAAUUAUUGGUUGAAAUUUAUAUGUUUAUGUAUCCGUUGAGGUAAUAAAAGGAAAAUUUGAGGUGUUUGAUGAUAA